UUCAAGUGCUGGAUUAAUCAUUCAAGCGCUUUUUUCUAAUUGGAAAAUUGUUAUUGUACUCAUUGGCUUUGGACUCGCAAUGGAUUCUGGCAACUGGUUCGUUAAUGCUUCGCUUGCUACAAGCAAAUUUUUUUUCGGAAGUUGGGUGAUAUUCGGUAUACAGCAAGCUAUUUUUGCUUUAUUCAUGUUUCAACUUUGCUUUCAAAGAGAUAAGUACAUUGAUCAUAUAAUGCAUUUCGAUUGCAACGCAAAAGUCCAGUCAAAUCAACAAUCUUUAGAUGCUUACAUGAAAAGGAAUCGUUACAUCUUUCAUUCAUUUACAUUCAUCAAUUGCGUAGUGAAUAUUCUACUGGUAAUCGCUCCUUUCAUCGACAAGCUUGAAAAAUGUAAUAUAAGAACCAUUGACAUCCUGAAAUUCGGCUCGGUUGAGAUUGGUUUCUGUUGUAGUUUUGCUUUAUUUCGUUUCUUUGUUGAAACCUGUCUUUACAUUCAUACCUGUUUCAUGCGAGUUGAACACCAAAUAGACACAUUGAACAAAUCAACAAAUGGCUUGUCUAUUGAACACAUUCGGAAAGUUCGUCGCUUGUAUUGCUUUGCGGUUGAAACGACAGAAAAGUUCAACUCUCUGUUGUGGCCUGUAAUUUCCACUUAUUUUGUGGUCUGUAUCGUUAAAAGUCACUGGGCGUUAGCUGCUGCGAUUACCAAGUCAUCUUUUUAUGUUGCAUUGAUCUUUAUUGCAGAAUUCUCAGUCUUUAUUCUUGUCGCCUAUAACAUGAUUUAUAUCAACCACCUUUCAACCAGAAUCUAUCAAUCAGUUUAUUCACUUUCAUAUAAAACUGAUUCAUUGUUCGCUAAAAAAGAGGUUCAUCUUUUCCUCACUCGUAUUGAACGCGGUGACGUUGGCUUUACUUUCCUGGACCUCUUUGUUAUCACACCAACUUGCGUUACUUCAUUGGUUACAAUCUUUUUGACUCUCGCAUUAGCAGGACCCACUUUAAUCACUUAAUGUUAUCCUCUUAUGUCUCACCUCUAUGAAUGUACACAGCACUGAAUGUUUUUUAAUAUGUAAAUGUUUCUGAUACACAUAUUGUAAAUAUUGGAAUUAAAUUUUAAUUUUUUUUUGAUACACAUAUUGAUUGAUUUACUAAAGAAUACUAAAUUCGGAAUGCAGCAAUAAUUUGUGUCACUACGUUUCUGACAAGGGAAGGGACUUAACUGAUAUGAUUUGA